GGCGUCGUAGUGACAAUCAAGUUACUUUUAUUAAAUUAUUUUAUAUCAAUAUUUUUAGUUAAAUUACUUAUAUAAAAAUGUCUGUUUUCGAUGGUGAGAUAGAAUACAAGUCUGUGUACAUGGUCGACUACCUGAAGAAAGACAAACCCCUGAGUCCUCGCCGACACGCGGUAGAUGACAACUGCCUAAUUGUAGGCCUCGACAGAGACUCGCUGAAGGCCCGCGAUCAGCCUAGGAAAAGCCCUGAUUUGCUGUGCCCUAUCAACUUCGAGUACUACAAGAAUGCUGUCAAACGGUUCAAAGAGGAUGAGCCGAAGCUGGUAGAUAUGUACAUGUCCAAAGACAUCGACCCAGUUCCCAUCGACCACGAGAUCCAGGAUCUGAAACGAACGGAGUACCUCACAAAGUACUGCUCACGAGAGCUCCCAUUCAUGUCCGUAAACCUGACGCGCCGCGCUCGCGCACUCCAGACCUUACGACUUCCUGACGAUGUCCACAUACCUGACACCACUCACACCGGAUCCUAUCGGCAUCCAGCACCCGAAAAAUACAAGGACCCACCCAAGACACAGUCUUUGAAACCGAAGUUUGACGAUUCUUUACAAAGGGAACUGCGCCGAAUCUUGCGUAUACGCACACCAGAGUCGUCUUACCAAGCGUGCCACGGCCUUCUCGCCAAAGUGAUACUGGAGAAGAAUCCAUUCGGCAAGCCAAGGAAGGAGCCCAAAUAUGGACUUUGGCGUACACCGCAUUACUACACCUACUAUCAUCUCUAGGGGAAUGUUUGCCUCAUUUGCAGUGAGCAGCAGAAGUUGCUAGACGGGCGAGGUGUUCAUAAUGAUCUUGACCAGUACCGUCUUUACCAUAAGGGCACACGGGGCCCGUGCCCAGGGCCCCCAUCCUCAGGGGGCCCCGAAGGACAGACAGUAAGAGUAAUUGAUUAUCCAUAAUAAAUAGAUCAUAGUACAAAAAUGUCAGUUUAAUUCGCUUUCUUUACUUUCCAAAAGGGCCUCAAAUUCUUAUGUGCCCAAGGGCCCCAGCAUAGUUUAAGACGGACCUG